GCGCCUUCGGCGUCGCGCCCUUCGUGCUCAUCGGCCUGCUCCUCGUCGCCGCCGGCCAGCCCCUCAUGUCCGCCAUGCGCUGGUGGAACGCCCCGCGCCCGCGCGCCAAGCCCGCCGCCGACGUGCCCCCGCCCCCGCCCCGCCGCCGCUCCCCCGCGUACGCACCAAGCGAGGCGCAACAGCUCGCCGCCGCGCUGCGCAAGUAGGCGCUCAUAGACGAUAGACUGAUGUUGGCUUGGGCUAUACGAGUCUGCGAACGUUGGAGACUACUGAUCAACCGCAGCCACACGUCGCAUCUCCUCUCCACGUAUGCCCGAGCUAUCGCAUGCUACGCGAUGCGGCGGGCCGCCCCGCGUGUCUCCAGGACUCUCGCACGGCCGUACCAAUGUUGGCGGCGGCGCAAGGCAGGGUGUCACGCUGCUGUGCGGGCGGCCGGGGUCGGGCUAUUCUGAUCGUUGCCGCGCGGCGUGCCUCGGAACAAGCGCCGUGCCGGCCACACGUCCGGCUGACCCCGUCGGCGCACUCACGCACCUCGCUCCUGCAGCCUGUGAAGCACGCCAUCGGCGUCGGCGCGAGGAAGAUCGGCCCGCCGAUCCGGCCUGGCUAUGGGAGCAGCGCCUGCGGGCCGGUGGGCCGCGGCCGUGGGCCGUGGGCCGUGGGCCGAGGGCGGACGCUACGAGCAGAGAGCGAGCACGGCCGCAGGCGGCGCGGACGGCACGCCGAGGCGUGCGCGGGCAGGCGCUGCGCGGGCAGCGGGUGCGGCUGCAUGCGCCGUGCGCGAUGGAGGAGGUGCGCGUGGAGGUGCGUUGUGGCGGGCGCACGUCAGUGUCGCGGUGUCAUGUCGGCGAGUGCUGUGUCCGCGGAGUGCGGGCGUCCGAGGAACUGGGACGAGCCGUGCACGACACGGAGGUGCGAGAGGGCGGGCGGAGCGGGGUCGCUGUGGAUUGGCGCCGUCCAGAGGUGUGAAGCAGCCGAGUGCCACCAGUCCUCGAGGCUGCGUGGAGGGUUCGUGGGCGCAGUGCAUCAUUCGUGAAGUGUGAGCAAUGAGAGACGGGUUCAGCGAGAUAUAGGGGGUGUACAGGCGAUGUCUGACAGGGGAAAUCGAGUUCUGAACCGAAACGCCGCCAAGCGGCGAGAGAUACGCAAGCUCCGUGGAAGCUCCAUCCACUCUCAACCGCUCUUCAGUAACCCGGGUCGUUCGAACAAUAAUGCUUCCUACUCCGCGCAUGUGUCAAAACACGGCAAGUGGAGCUCCGCCAUAGCACCCUGUCUCCUUCGACACUCGUCCCUCCUGUCGUCCCCGAGC